CUUGGUGUGUGGUGGAGGGCCUUCCCUUCCCAUAUACCUCUCUCUCUCUCUCUCUCUCUGACUCUCUCUCUAGAAAUGGUAAGAAGAUGACAACAACAACAACAGGAGGAGAAGGCAAGUCAGGAACUACUGCAGCAGCAGCAACAACAACAGCAUCACAAGAGUGCUGCAUGUGUGGAGAUUUUGGUCUCUCUCAUGAACUCUUCAACUGCAAAGUCUGCCUAUUCAGAUCUCAGCACAGGUACUGUAGCAAUCUGUAUCCAAAAGCUGAGUCAUACCAAGUCUGCAAUUGGUGCCUGAGUCAAAGGGAUGACAGAACAGAGAAAACAAACUCUUCCAAUUCAACAUCAUCUGGUAGGAACAACAGCAGCGAAGAUGAUCGACUAAUCAUCAACAACAACAAGAUCAAGAAGAAUAAUAGUGGCAGUGAUCAUUACAACAAUCAUGGAGGCCUAAAGGCUCAUCAAUAUCAUCAUCAUCAUCAUCAUCAUCAUCAUAAAGGCACUUCUCAGUUUCAAUCCAGUGGGCCCAUCAAGAAACAACGGUCACCGGAGAGAUUGCCGUUGGUGACGGUGGCGGCAGCAGCAGUAGCCCGGAAAAGGGUCAUCAGUGGUGGUGCGGUGGAGGAGAGGCUGAGGAGGACAAAGUCAGAGGAGAUGUCAAAUGGUGGGAUUUCUAAACAAGUGUUCAGAAAUAAGGUGAGAAGGUAUAAGCUCUUGGAUGAGGUGUCUAGCCAAUAAUGGUUUAGAUCCCAUUUGGAUAUGUAUAAGAUUUUCUAUUGGCUUAUAUUAGAUAUUCACAUGAUUUAUUAAAUUUUUUUUUAUGGGUGGGAGACUCAUACACAUGUAGAUUCAUGUGGACUCUAUCUAUGUGAGAAAUUUGGUAUGUAGAUUCAUGUGGACUCUAUCUAUAUGAGAAAUUUGAUAAAAAAUUUGAUAAAUCAUUUGAGGUUCAUAACAUUUUCAUUUUUUAUUUCAAUUUUUUUUGUCAUUUUGUUUUAGAUCCCAUUUAGAUAUGUAUAGGAUUUUCUAUUUCAAAUUUUUUCUGUCAUUUUGUUUUAAUACACCCUAGUUGGAUGGAUGGUAGUAUCUCAAAAUUAUUGUAUUUUAUGAUUCA